AUGAGGUUUGACAAGGAUAGGCAUAAUAAACUGCACCAGUACAGGUUAGGAGGUGAUCUGCUGGAGAGCAGCCCUGUGGAAAAGGACCUGAGAGUCAUGUUGGACAGGAAGUUAUCCAUGGGACAGCAAUGUGCCCUUAUGACCAAGAAGGCCAAUGGGCUCCCUGCUGCUCUGACUGCCUUCUCUCCGUGCCCAGUCCUAGAUGGGUGUCUCGGCUCAGGUGAGAACAAUCAGUGUCCUGGGGCCGUAGCGGUGCAGCAGCGCAUUGACUGCCACCCCCAGCCCGGCGCUUCCCGGGAGACCUGUGAGGCGCGGGGCUGCACCUGGUGUGCCAGCGACGUGGCCAACGCUCCCUGGUGCUUCUUCCCGGAGGACAGUCCCUACGGCUACUCCGUGGGCGGGGGCGCCGUGAAGACAAGCAAAGGCUGGAGGGUAACCCUGGACAAACGGCAGGCCCGGUCCCUCUUUGGAAAUGACAUUUCCCCAGUCAUGCUGGAAGUGGAGUUCCAGACAAAGGACAGAUUCCGGUUCAGGCUCUACGACCCCAACAGAGAGCGCUUUGAAGUCCCGCUCAAGAUUGACUCUCCUGGUGUUACUGCUGAUGACGCUAACUAUGAAGUCGAGUUCCCAGAUGACUCCUUGCACUUCAGGAUCAGGAGGAAAAGCACGGGCACUGUGCUGUGGGACAGUCCCCUGGUUGAUCUCUUUUUCUCCAACCAGUAUCUUCAGAUCACAACCACUGUGCCAUCCACUUCAGUGUAUGGAUUUGGUGAACAUGAGCAUACGUCCUUUAAACACAGCAUGGACUUCGUUACUUAUGGCAUGUACAGCAGGGAUCAGGCACCAACGCCAUCAGCCAACCUCUAUGGAGUUCACCCUUUCUACAUGUGUGUAGAACCUGAUUCCAAUGCCCAUGGUGUUCUCCUUCUGAACUCCAAUGCACAAGAUGUUUCUUUGAGUCCAAAUCCAUCUUUAACUUUCCGCACUAUUGGAGGAAUCCUUGACUUCUACAUCUUCCUUGGACCAACUCCUGAAAACGUGGUUCAGCAGUACACAGAGGCCAUUGGACGCCCACACAUGCCUGCCUAUUGGUCUCUGGGAUUUCAUCUCUCUCGAUGGGGUUAUGGCAGCCUUGAUGUUUUAAAGGCAACUGCCGAUCGCAUGCGCCGCUAUGACAUCCCAUACGAUGUCCAACAUUACGAUAUUGACUACAUGGAACGUCGCCUGGACUUCACGUAUGACAAAGUGAAUUUUGCAGGUCUGCCAGAGUUCCUCCAACAGAUGAAGAAGGAAGGGAAACACAAUGUCUUGAUUCUGGACCCUUUCAUAACUAAGGACGAAGAACCAGGCACUUACAGGCCUUAUGAACUCGGACAAGAAAUGGGGAUCUGGGUGAACAACUCCGACGGUGUAACUCCUGCUGUUGGAAAGGCCUGGCCCCCUGGAGAAUCAGUGUUUCCUGACUACACUAACCCCAGGACGGUUGAGUGGUGGACCCAGAUGUGCCUGGAGUUAAAGGAUGUCCUUGACUACGAUGGGAUCUGGAUUGAUAUGAAUGAACCGUCCAAUUUCUUAAGAGGCCAGUAUCCUGGGUGCUCUGAUAAUGACAUCAAUAACCCUCCUUACAUUCCUAGCAUUUCUGAUCGUUCCCUGUCAGAAAAAACCUUGUGUCCUGACUCCAAGACUUACCUUGGGGAGCAUUAUAACACACACUCACUCUUUGGCUGGUCACAGACAGAACCAACUUUCAAUGCUGUCCAGCAGGCAACUGGAAAGCGAGCAUUUGUCUUGAGUCGGUCUACAUUCGUUGGCAGUGGGAAGCAUGGGGGUCACUGGCUGGGUGACAACUUCUCUCAGUGGAAGGACUUGCGCUAUUCAAUCAUUGGAAUGCUGGAAUUCAACCUCUUUGGCAUCCCCUAUAUAGGUGCUGAUAUCUGUGGAUUUAACUACAACACCACUUACGAACUCUGCUUGCGCUGGAUGCAACUUGGAUCUUUCUAUCCAUUUUCCAGGAACCACAAUUCAGAGGGAAAUAAUGAACAAGACCCAGCAGUGUUUGGAAAAGAGUUUGCCAAGAUAUCUCGUGCUACACUUCGGAUCAGAUACUCACUGCUGCCAUACUUAUACACCUUGUUCUUCGAGUCUCAUGUCCAUGGAAACACAGUGGUGCGGUCACUGAUGCAUGAGUUUACCACUGAUCAGCAGACUCACGGAAUAGACACUGCCUUCCUCUGGGGACCUGCUUUUAUGAUCGCUCCUGUUCUUGAAGAGGCAAGUACAGCAAUGAAAAAAAAAGCCAUCAAACUGGAAUUAAAAGAUAAAGAACAACAACAAAAAAAGAACUGUGCUUAG